UUGCCAAGAUCCUUCGUUAUCAGUAAGAAUAACGUUCUAAAUAAGCAAUGUUUCUGUAACAAAAUGAAGGAAAAGGUGUGGAGUUUGGGAGAAGAGAAUAGGUGCUUGGAGUGAGUGAGAUCUAGGGCAAACGUGACCUUCAARUCGUGUUUUUACGAUUGUUUUGUUUAAACAAACGUCAUGCUUCUGGUGUUAACAUCUUUUUUCAAAGUAUUUACAAUAGCAUAGUAUGUCGAUUUUUUUWACUUCACACGCAAAAMGCUGGUGCUAAUAAAGGGAUUUUGAUCCGUAAAGAUUCACCAUGACAGAUAAAAGAGCUCUGGUUGGUGUGUUUUUCUUUGUGUCAUGUUUCUGUUAUGCAGUUAAUUCGUGUAAACUUAUCGACGAAGAAGAUUUCAUCAACGAACUAGAAGAAAUCAGGAAGGAAGUGGUCAAAGAAGAAAAAGGAGAACCCCUUGGCCUCCACGAUGGAUGGAUACCCGAUACCGCCAUCUCAGCUUCGUCUCAAAGGGAUGGUUACCAUGGUGCCCAACUUGGUCGUUUGAACAGCGCUGGGGGGUGGGCCGCCAAGCACGAUGACGGUAAUCAAUGGAUUCAGGUGGAUUUAGGUGCUCCAACUACACUGACCGAGGUGUUGACCCAAGGACGACAGGAUGCCGAUCAGUGGGUCAAACAGUUCACUAUAGGCUUCAGCGACGAUGGGGUUAAAUUCAGAGUGUAUAAAUCUCGUGGAUUUGGUGUGAUAUUUCGUGGGAAUAAGGACAGAAACACUGUGGUCAAGAAUACUAUCAAUCCGCCCAUCCAAGCUCGCUUUAUUCAGAUAUACCCCUGUUCGUGGCAUAACCAUAUUGCUAUGAGAAUCGAGCUUAAAGGAAAAGUUCAAAACCACCUCAGACACUGUCCAGUAUCGAUGGACCUUGGUUUCGUCAUCGACGGAUCAAAUGAAGUCAAAGGAUGGGACUUCAAACGAGAAAAACAGUUUGUCAAGCAAGUUAUCAGCACGUUCACCAUCUCAAGGCAUCAAAAUCGAGUUGGUUUCGUAACUUAUUCGGACAAAGCUGAUGUAGUAAUGGAUUUUUCAGGUCUGGACAAUUUUUCAGAGGUCGAUAAAAUCAUCAAGAAUGCUAUUCAUCGAAGAGGUAGCCACCAGCGUCUUGAUAUUGGCCUCAGAGCAGCAUACAAGGCUUUAGUUAAGAGUCAAGCUCAAGGAUAUGUUCCACAGCGCUCUAUAGUCGCAAUAACCAAUCGUAAAGCUGUUCAAAGAAGAGUAUGGUAUAUUAUUAAUGCAAAAAAGGCAUUGGAGCAGAAAGGGAUAAAGCUUUUUUUGGUCGUGAUCGGCCAAAGAGAUGAAGUUUUAAAAAGAAAGCUUGGACUCAAAAGCAGUGAUUUCAUGUUUUUCUUACCGACGUUCAGAAGCUUAUCCACGCACGUUGCACGCAUUGCACACGUGAUCUGUCAGCAUCAGCACAAAGAGACAGAUAUCAUCCGAAAUAACUAGACUUCCAAGUAUUAAUCCGUAUGACACACAAAGAUAGAAAAUUGAACAUUGUAAAGCAGAGUCAAGAUGAAGAGAUGCCUGUUGCAUAGACGCUAUUGUAAAACAUCAAACAAUCUAAAAACGUUGACCAGUUUCAAACGACGAAUGCAACUUCUUGAAAUGAAUCAGCAUGCAGUUAUUUUUAUUUUUUUUUAUUAUUAUUYAUUUUUUUGUUUUAAUUUUUGAUAGCAAGAAUGUAUUGCGGUGUUUGAAUGCUCCAUGCUCUGCGGCAAUACAGUAUUCAACGUUUUCUAAAAUUUAAUAGCUGUAUGUAUAUCUGCAAUAGGCUACAAGAUCGUUGCACUUAAUGGACAUGGUCCACCAGCAUCCCUUUCGAGCUUUUGCUCAUUUUUGAAGAUAAAAAUACAUCUUAACAUAAGCAAAAUUUACUCUUUAUUUUCCCUUUAUGCUCUAUGAAUGGAGAUACUGCAAGAUUCGACCCUUAAACCGGGAACGGAUUGCGAAUUCACCUCAUUUUCUUUAUAUGAAAAAUCUAAAACACGACCGCAUUGAAUGCUGGUUGACCAUGUCCCUCACUUCGCCGACACUUAGUCCAUGAAAUAGUCAGUAGGAGACUAGUUUUUGAGCAAUAUUUUGUUCUUGCGUCGGAAAAAAGGUGUUGUUUGUACUGAAUAAUGGACCACAAUGCACCAUGAUUUUGCAUUGGCUAUGCAAUGACCAAUGAAUGUAAUAAAUAAAGUAUAUAAUAUAUUUAAAAAAAAAACAAUAAAAAGCAAUGGCAACA